UUGCCGCCGGCGUACACGCGUAAUACCUGCAGAGUUGGCUACUGAUUGCAUCGUCUACCCGGCUACCAACAACCACAUAUCGCUUUGCCUCGUCGUUUGCCAUCUAGUUCGCUUCUUUGCUCUGGUCUGCGUCGCUCGGCUCUGCGUUGCCCCCCUCCCCCCCCCCGGACUUUGCCCGUCUUCUAGAGCUGCUGGCCUUGCUCUUGCGUCUGCUAUUCGCUCGAUAUUUAUACCUCACCUCCCUUUCUCUACCCAUCCCGUCCGCCGUCCGCCGGGUCUAGCCGCGUUCUGCCCGCCAUGCCCCCUCUCCUCAAUAAGAUCUGGGCCAAGUCACCAGCGCCCAAGCCCGCCAACAGCGGCCAGGCUAGCGAUAAGGGGCCGCGCGGGACCAAGCGCAAGUCCAAGGGCGACCCCUACGACGAGAUAGACGAUGACGACGAACCCCCGAGACCACCCCCGACCCCUCGCAACCGACCGCGUAUUGCUUCUGAGACGCCGGCAUCCAGCUCUAAGGGACGGUCGUCGCCGGCGAACAAGACUGCUAAUACGCCUAGAAAGCAUCGAAGUCGCUCGUGGGGCACCCGCAGGGGUAAUGCUGCCAACGACACCGCCGGUAAUCCCGCUCGUGCACAAGGUCGAAACACGCCAACGAAUCCCGCCAACGCCGAGGCCGAGUAUUCGGGGAGUUCAUUUGCCCCCAUUCUAGAUACAGACGAUGCUAACCCCUCCCGCAACGAGCAAGCCACGAGCAACGGUGCCGGCGCGGAUACAGGCGACACCGCUGCUGCCAAGCCCGGAGCUGCCAGCGAGGCCCCGAUGAAUGCCGGCGCGAAAGAAGACAAGGCGGGCGCGAGUAGAAAGGGCGGGGCAGAUAAGAGCAAGGCCCAGGCUCAGGCUGAGGUUUCGGGUGAUGACGUCGAAGUCGAUGGCGGCGAGGAACUCGAGGUUCGUGCCCUCCUCCGACACCGGAUGGCAGAAGACGGCAGCGGUCGGGUCGAACUGCUCGUCCACUGGGCCGGGGAGGGGGAGGAGAGCGCGACGUGGGAGACGGAAGAGGAGAUACAAGAGGGGGCGGCAGAAACGCUGUACGCGUAUUGGAAGGCCCAAGGCGGCCGCAUCAAUGCGCUCUUCAUCAAGCCGAAGAACCCGCCGGUGGAGACGUACCACGUAUUCAGAUUGCUGAGCCACGCGAAGAAGGCCCGGGGCGGUUUCGAGUUCGAGGUGCAGUGGGUCGGCCAUCCGCCGACGCGCGGCGAGACGUCGAAGGAGAUGGAGGCCAAGCUGAGGAACGUGGCGCCGGGCGCGCUGGAUGCGUACUGGGAGAGCGUCGGGGGCCGCGACAAGUUCCUGGCCAGGCGCGGUCGCAACCAGAGAGGGCGGGCCGAGUGAUGAGGGCAGGGUUACCUACCGGCAAGGUGGAUAUGUACGGGUGUUUUUUUUUUCUUCUCUCUCUGUCCUCGCUCUCUUGCCUCUCCGUUUCUUUGCUUCUUGUUUCCUCUCUCUCAGUGGGAGACGCGGAGAUACCUACCUC